CUAUCCUCCCUCCGUCGUCCACGGCUACCACCACGCAGGGGUAGAGGGACACAGACGCGCCAUCUGGCAGCAGCGAGCGGUGGCGCGGCCGUCGAUCAUACUAGAGCUCAGGAGAAGGCGGCGGGCGAUCGCGACCGAUGCCGGUUCACCUGGUGCUCCUCGCCGUGCCGGCCGUGGCCGGCGGGUUCGUGCAGGCGUUCCACUACGCCUUCCUGCUGUGGCCGUUCAACCUCGCGCUGCCGCUCGCGCGCCACCUGCCGCGGGCGUGCGCCGCGCUCCGGGAGGUCGCGUCCUUCUACGAGGCCGAGCUGCGGCCCUACGCGAGCGGCGCGGCGCGGCGGCUGCCGGCGCCGCCGGGGAGCCAGCAGUACGCCUCGCUCAGCGGGGUGCGGCAGACGGCGCCGCACGGGGAUCUCGUCGCGAACGCCAUGAUCGCGCUCGUCGACAUCUCCUACUGACGACGCCUUGGAUGCGUGCCUGCUGCCACUGCGCACUGCCGGGCUACAUACCCAUUGCGUCCUCGGGUUGAUUUCUUUUGCAGCGAUCCUCUUGGAUCGGUUAGCUUUGCCGUUAGUCGUGUAAAUAGUCAGUCUUCUUCUUCCUACGUCCAUCACCAGAGGUUUAGUCAUGUUAAUCACUUCUUCUUCCUAACUCGUGCAUGGUUUUGGUCAUCCAUGUCCUCUUUCUUAGCUAACACAAUUUUGCAGCAUGUAGUGUGCUGUAUGGUGCGAAUUGAUUUGAACUUUUAAAUCAGUUUAUUUAGUUUAGCUCUCCGUA